UUCUGGUGCGUAGUAUUCAGUGCGAUUAGUGAAUCAGUUCGGUUCGGAUUGGUGAAAGCAGAGUUUGUUGAAAUUUGGGUUGCUUCUUCUUCAUUAACUUAAUUACCAAAAUGGUGUCCCAUGAAGGAUUUCGCAUUCUUGGCUACGUGUACGCCAUUUUGGGCACGUUGGGCUCCUUUUUUGAGGCAAUUAAGGGUGCGCUAAUGAUUGGUGCGGAACAUGUAAACGAAACCGUUCAGUACGCUUCACUGCCAGGGAGUCUGAUUGCGUUGGUGUUUUUCGUCAUUUUGCUGGUUGGAAUUUGGCAGAGCCAUCUUACCUUGGUGAAAAUAUAUCGCGUUUUUCUCAUAGUAACCAACGUGGCAGCAAUAUGCUGUAUUUGCAUUGGUUUAGUAGUGCUAAUAGGGCUGAUGAUAUUUACCGACGAGCAAAUGGAACUGGGUGGCCUCGCAGUGUUUGGACUUUUAGUGCUGCUAGCAGUUUUAAUCGGUUUGUUUCAAAUGCGAUGGAGAUUAUCGAUGAGUCAACACUCAACAAAUUUUCGUCCAUUUUAGGUCUCUAUUUGCUCUUUCUAUGGAUUGUGAACGGCGUUAUUGCAGCCAUUCAGAAUGAGAGGACGGGAACGAACGGAGCCGUGCUCUAUAAGCCCGAUGUAAACGUCAAACCGAACAACCCAUACUACGCUCCGGUUUAAAUUUAGCUUCCAUGUGUGCCAUCAAAGUGAAGAGCUCCUAUCACUGUCGUAAACUGUGUUUUUUUAAUGCUUUAUUACAUUUAACGUAGACUUCCAUUUGAAAACAG